AGAAUCUCUUGCUUCCAAUCAGUCACAGUCGGGUUGCUUGUCUGUUCGCCUGUAGCGCUAAAGUCUCCAUCAUCUAUUACCUAUUUAUUGAGGCUUUGUAAAAUUAAAGAAAAUGGUUUACAUAUGCACAGCUCUUGUGGUGUUGAUCUUUCCCGUCUUGUUGUUGGGUGCACCAUGGGAAGGGUCGCAUCCUAAGUCUCAGGUGGAAUACAUCAGCAACGACAAGAGAGUUGAUUCUGGCUUCGCCAACCCCAAUAUCGUGCCCAUCACCCAGCCGUCGGUCGUAACGCAAACAGCUCCUCCUCCGCCGCCAAAUUCCAAAAACUUUGCAUAUAGUCCGAUGACGCAGAGCUGGACCCUCAUUGCGCCAGGCGAUCCGCUGCCCAAUAAUGACACCCUCGUCUGGAACCAGAGCAAUGACAAAUGGCUCACUCGCUAAGCAAUGCAACCAUCGAUGGCUUUGCUUUAAUCAUUGUGUAUUACUAUUGAAAUAAAUAUAACUAAUUC